AUGGACGACUAUCCCCGACCUUAUAUCGCCAAUAACCUGCCGUUCAUCCUCCUUUGCGGCCUCGAAGCCGACGGCGACAGAACAGAGCCAGAAGCGGAAGAGACGAAUUAUCCGCUUCUGGAAGAAAAUGGAAUCGCAAUAGAAUCUGAUCUUCCACCUCUGGAGAGGCCCGUCGCGGAGGAAUUUCGGGAUGUCUUCUUCAGUGAAGCUGGGCCGCGAUCCCAGGACAACGGCAUUGAAGGAACCUCGAGGGCUGGAUAUAAAGUCAAGUCUAUCGGACGGAAUUACAGGCUUCCGCCGCGCAAGGCUAAUCCUCCUCCCGCAUCGCCGCCAGAAAGUCCGACUGUUAGCCGUGAUCAUGGAUUGUCGAUGAUCCUGCAUUCGCCUAUUUCUCCGUUGACGCCAGCUUCCCCGACGUUUCCUGAUGGGAUCAUGACACCUCUAUGGGCCUCAAAACACCAAGAUUUGGUCCCCGCCGCAGUGAUCAAUUUCUUUCCGUUCUGUCUCGACUCGACCAUGAACUCGUUGCGUGACAAUCAACUAAAAAUCGAGAUCAAUGGGUUGAAAAAACAGUGGUCUUCUUCGGGGUACAGGACCCGCUUCAUUGUCGUGCUUCUAUCAGAGAAGGCUAUCGGAGAUGAUUUGGGAGACCUCGAUGAUCGAGUUUUAGGGAUUCGGAGAGCAACAAAUCUAGACCAAAAAUCGUUAUUCAUUUUGCCUCCGGAUGUGAGUUCGGAGGAGAUGAGAGAUUUCACAAGGUCGCUUCUUGCUCUUUUGCAUCCUUCUUUGAUGGAAUAUUACAGAGACUUGUCCAAGCAUGCUCGAAGGAAACGGAAUAGGAGCAGUAUACCACCUCCAACAGCACCCCCUACUAGUGGAACGUCUCAGACGUUAUCGCUUCAGGGUUGGAAUACUCGAUACGAAUUCAAAAUGGGAAUCUUUGCAGAAUUCCGGCAAGAAAUCGACGCGGCGCUCAAGAAUUAUGAAAGUGCCUAUGAGACCCUCUUUGGACAAGAAGUUUUUGAAAACAUUGCUGGAUGGGACCCUAAAUUCAAUGAAGCUCGUCUGUUUAGCGAUGCGCUUGCGAUACGAAUAAUUCGCUGCUUGCUAUCUACUGGACAUACAAGUUCUGCAGUAAGGUCCUGGGUCUAUCACCGCAGACGUACACAAGACAUCGUGAAUAGACGAGGAAAGGGUACGAGGAACUACGGAUGGGAAGCUUGGGAAGCUAGAUGGUCGUCGGUGAUGGCUCAGCUCAUUCAUCAAGCCAAGAUCCCUCAUCUAACACCUCUUGAAACUUCUCAAAAUCAGGUUCACGAGCACAACUCAAUCUUCGUCCCACCCGAAAAGACAUUCCUUUCGGUGGACGAAGUUUUGCCAUGGGAGCGACUUCAUCACGAGGGAUACUGGCUAUACCGUUCCGCGAAGCAUACCAUGCACCGGCGAACCCUGGCCGGGCAGAUUCCGGCAGAAGAUCGGAUGCCGCCAGGACAGUCUCCCGCAUCUCAUAUAGCGAGCAAAGCCUAUCUCUAUGACACAUAUCUUGCUCCAGAAACCCACAUCGAGGCUGCGCGAGCCCAGGACGGCGGAGUGGAUCAUUCGACACUCAUCUUGGAUACUCUCAAGGCGGCGCUAGUUGAAUUCUCGAAGCGAAACCAAGUGCGAAUGACGGAGAGUCUCAGUUUGGAAAUCGCGGAAGAGUACAUGCGCCUGGGUUCUUGGAUUGAAGCUUAUGAGACGCUUCGCCCGCUUUGGCCGGCCCUUACCUGGAGGCGUUCUGGGUGGUGGCUUCUCAUGGCGAAGUUUGCUUGGAUCCUGCGCGAAUGUGCCGCGCGAGCUCAGGACAGUGAAACAGUAUUAAGGGUCGACUGGGAGUUGCUAAAUUUUGCUUUCCCACCGCGCCCUGAUUGGAACUACGAUAUUCAUCAGAGCCUUGCAGAAUUUGCAUCAAAGGAACAAAAGCCAUCCAUCGUGAUCAAAGCCGAGGAUGUUGUGUCAAGUGUUACCGCAACAUUUAUAUUUCAAAAAGCAGAGGGAAAUGUUGGUGAACCUUUACAGUGCCAGCUUGUCUUAAGGUCCUGCGCCCAGAAGUCAUCGGUUCCUGUUCGGUUUGCUGAACUUAGAGUCGCCUUCGAGGGCUGUCUGCGUCCAAUACGGCUGCAGUCAGACCAGAAUAUAGAUGCGGACACAAGCACUACAUGCCUCAUUUCGUCACCUUCUCUGCGCGAUCCAAGUGCCACCUCCGACUCAUCGGUCCAUCAGUCUACCACGAGUGCCCUGAACGCACUUACCGGAAUUGCAGAUCUGACCCUUGGGCCUGCUCAAACGAAGGUGUACAAUUUGGCCUGCAUACCUCGGGAGUCAGGAGAAUCCAGGGUAGCCUCAAUAGCGCUCUUGGUUUCGCAGGAAGACUUUGAUCUUACAUAUGCAAUAACGGACCUGGCUCAACAAGAAGCAUUUUGGUGGCAGCAAACAACAAAGGGGCCGGCUCGGAGGCGGGUUGGGAAGGGCCGUGACGUUGACCGCUGCAAAAUCCAACCGAAGCCGCCAAAGAUUCGAUUAACGAUCCCAAACUUGAAAAGCACCUACUAUACGAAUGAGCGCAUUGUCCUCAAUCUUGUGAUCGACAAUGGGGAAGAUGAAGCGGCUGAUGUUGUCGCUGAGGCCAGAUUAUUUGGGAGUCCCGAUUCCGCAGUCAAUAUCUCAUGGCUCGACCAGGAGGGUUCAGUGCAAGCGUCCACUGAAUCGAGGCCUAAUACUCCAGCGGAGGAAGAGCCUCACUCUCUUAAAAGGUCAGUUGGUGUCAUAGAAAGCUCCUCUCAACGUGAAAUACCGAUUGUUAUUUCCGGCACUGAGAGCAGUUUUGAGUAUGAGCUCGAGGUAUCCGCCGCAUAUAAUCUUUUUUCGGAUAUCCAAACACCUAUAAUCGCUACCACGCGGUUGACCUUACCCAUAAUUCGGCCAUUCGAGGCAAAUUAUGAGUUCCUUCCCCGACUUAAUCCCCUGCCAUGGCCAGACUUUUUCACGAUCGAUGACGACUUGACCGAGACUCAACCCAAUACAGAGCCAAGAGGAUUGCAGCAAAGGUGGUGCCUUGAUACAAAGGUCGUUUCUUUUGCGCGCGAGCCUUUGGUCAUUGAAAAUAUGUCCAUUGCUGUGCUGAGUCUCAGCGGCGGAGCUAUCUCUCAGGUUGGGCACGAGGUUCUCGUCAGCCCAGAGACGCGUGAAAUUCAUCCUGAAGACCUUCGACAUUCUAACUUCGUCUUGGAUAUCCAGAAGAUCAUUUUGGGUGACCGGCGCCCCACGUCGCUCAAUCUUGCUCUGGAGAUUCAAUGGAGGAGAAGUGGCGAAGAAACUGACGAUUCUGGCAGAAGCGAUAGGCUCACAACGACUAAACUUGCAAUCCCGCGGUUUGUGAUCCCUGCCGGAGAGCCUCGCGUACUGGCUUCAGCUAUUUCCUCGCGGAAGUUUCCCGGCUUGAUACAUGUGGAGUAUACACUGGAAAACCCCUCGCUGCACUUUCUUACCUUCAGCCUUACCAUGGAGGCUAGCGAGUAUUUUGCUUUUAGCGGCCCGAAAACAAUGGUGGUUCAGCUGGCGCCCGUGAGUCGGCAAACCGUCCGUUACAAUCUAUUGGCGUCGAAGAGAGGCUUGUGGAUUCAACCCCAGCUACUUGUGGUGGAUACGUAUUUCAAUAAGUCUUUACGUGUGCUUCCAACAGAGGAUAUGAGGUCCGAUAAAAAGGGUAUCCUGAUAUGGGUCGAUGCUGAGGAUUAA